CCAUAAUUCCAUAUCAAGUGUCAUUAAGAUUAUGACAAUUUGUUAUUCUUUUUAAUCUAUGGUGAUGUCUAGCAGGACGUGUGCUUUUGCAGGCCGUUCUUUCUGAAAUUCUUAAUGAUUUGGAAAAAUGGCAGAUUCUGAGGUCCUGAAAAAAUUGAAGGAUAUUCCAUUUAAAAUUCAAACUGCAAGUUUGAAAGGGAGACGUGAAGUAAUUGAGGAAAUUCAGAAUGUUUUAUCUACUCCAGGUAUAACUGAGCCAGCAGUACGCUUUGUGUGCCGAGUAGUGCUACUGACACUGAACCGCUACCGGGACUCCACCUCUCAGUCCUAUGUCAAGAGCUUACUGGCCUACCUGUCGACACAACACAGAGAGUGGACUUUGAAGAGCCUUUUGCCUGCUCUGCUAGAAGUUUCUGAACAGCUGAGGCACAUCGCACCUUCGAAAUACACCAGUCAAACAGGCUUGUAUGCACUGCGGUGGAGCACAGUUCUGGUUGAAGGUGCCAUAAAAGACCCUGAGGAUGUCCUGGACUAUAACACCCUUGUACUGGUACAAGCCAACCUGCUCACUGUUGUCACUGCAUUUGGGGAGAAGAAGAAAAAUGAGAAAGGAUACGCUUUGUUGCACAACUCAUGGUCGGCAAUGGGCAGUGAGAGGCUGGUGAAGUGGGUGAACGUGCUCCUGUCGCAGCCCGCUGACUCUGGCCCCCAGCUGUGCAUUGGCUUCUCUGCCAUCUGUCGCCAUGUCAAGCAGACAACUGAUGAAGCACUCAUUACUACCCAUAAGGCAAAGAUGCUAGAAAGCCUAACAAAAAGUUUAAUCAGUGUCAAAAGCCGUCCCAAUGCCAACUACAUCAGGGCUUGCUCUGAUCUGCUACAUCUGCUGCAGAAGAGUGAUGUACAGGACACGUUACUGCCGGCCCUGCAGAAAGCCAUGUUGAGGAGUCCGGAAACUAUUAUACAGGCCAUUGGUGUUGUGGUGGAGAAUCUAGAUGUCCACGUUGAUGGCAUAGCUGUUGACAUCGGCAAAAGUCUUAUAGUGAACCUGCACUCUCGCGAUGAGUGGGUGCGCGCGGAGGCGCUGGUGGCGCUGGGCGCGCUGGCCCGCAGCUGCUCGGCCCUGGAGGCUGCGCGCGCGCUCGUCGCUCACGCCUUCGCGCACUACAACGGCGCCUCGGGCAAGCUCACGUCCAGCGAGGACAAGAUCGCCGUGCUCAAUGGUGUGGGCACGCUGAGCGAGCUGGCGGUGUCGGCUGCGGACAGGCUGACGCUGUUCGACGAGGUGGUGGCGCAGACGGGCCGCGUGCUGGACAGCGAGUCACACGAGCGCACGCUGUGCGGGGCGCUGGACGCGCUGUACCGCUGGGUGCACAGCUUGGACGAGCCGCUGCCCGAGAAAGUGCUGCAGAUAUACAAGAAAGGUCUGUCGGCGAAGAGCACGACGCAGGCGGUGCGCAUCGCGUACACGUCGCUGGUGUCGCGCGCGCUGCGCCGCGGGCCCGCGCACAAGGAGGCGCUGUGGGGCGCGCUGCUGGCGGCCGCCGACAGGGCGGCGCAGCACCCCGUGCAGCACUUGAUAGUGAGCGAGGGCAUAUGCGCGAUGGCGGCGCUGGCGCAGCUGGACGGUGCGCAGGAGCUGCCGGCGUGCGGCGCGGCGUGGGCGGCGCUUACUCACCACCAGAAGCACGUGUUGCUGCACGAGAAAGUGCUCGCCGCCGCGCCUGAGGACGUCCUAACACAGGUGGGGUUGCUAUGCAGAAUCGUUUUGGAAAAGUACGAGAGUGUUGCCACUGAUCAAAAUUCACCCAUACUGAAGGCAUUCAUACUAGUCCUGCUGUCCCCCGUCAAGACUGUCCGCUCCAGCAGCAUAGAGGAAGUGAAAUCACUACUUGCCAGAGAAGAUAGAGCCUUAUUAGCUAGGAAUUUAGUGCAAAAGUUGAAUGAAGUUUUAGAUGAAGGAAGGAUAUUUGCAGUCAAAGAGAAGACACCGCCUGAAGACAAAGUGGAUGUAACUGGAAAGAUGAUUUUGGAUUGUAUUCAAGCUCUCUGUUCAUUCAAAGAUUACAGAACAGAAGACGCCGAGCGGCUGGCACUAGAGGCGCUGCCGUGCUGCCACCACCCGCUGGUGGAGGCGCUGAACAACAAGUCGUGGACGAAGCUGGUGGCCUACCUGCGGCUGGACGCCGGCCGCCUGGUGGCGCGCCACCUCGCGCAGCUCGAGCAGCUCUACAUCACCGACUUCGACUGCACCGAGACAGCUCGCAACGUGGUGUCGACGCUGGUGCGCUGCAGCCCGGCGAGCGCGGGCGGCGCGGCGGCGGGCGCGGUGCUGGACGCGCUGCAGCGGCCCGACCUGCUGCAGGUCACGCGCGACGACUACUUCGUGUACCUCACGCCGCCCGGACACCUGUACGACAAGAGCGUCGUGCCGGGCAUUGAGGAGAACCGCGAGAAGAACCUGAAGCGCGAGAGCAAGGCGUACAGCUACAAGGAGCAGCUCGAGGAGCAGCAGCUGCGGCGCGAGAUCGACGAGAAACGCCGCAAGGAGGGCAAGCUCAAAGAGGCGCCGCUGUCGGCCAAGCAGAAGGAGGCCAUGAAAGCGCAGCUCGCCAAAGAGAGUGUCAUACGUGAACGAUUGACGGAACUGUACAGCGGCGUGGAGAAGGCGGUGCAGCUGCUGGAGGCGACGGCGCGCGGCUCGCCGCUGGCGCUGGGCGUGAGCGCGCGCCGCGUGGUGCGCGCCGUGCUGCUGGCGCUGCGCUCGCCGCUGGCCGCGCCGCGCGUGGCGCCCGCGCACCUGCGCCUGCGCCGCGCGCUGCUGCCGCGCCACGCGCUCGUCGCCGAACACGUGGCCCGCACCACGCUCAGGUUAUACAAGCCCCAGUGCGACCUGGAGCCCUCUUGGGAAGAGGAGGACCUCACCAAGGCCACCGUGCGCACCAUCAACAUGGUGCACGCGGAGACGGCGCCCGGCAAGGAGCACGCCGGACCCUGCACGGCGCCCGGCUUCUGCUACGUGUUUCCGCUGCUCAAGCACGGGCUCACGAGUGGCACGGCGCGCAGCGACGAGGCGAUGGUGCUGAACGCGCUGGCGGUGGUGGCGCGCCACGCGGCGCUGCGCGGCGACACCGGCGACGUGUUCGCGCCCGACCAGCUGCACCCGCAGCUCUUCCCCAUCGACCAGAUGUUCCGCCUGCUCGUCGACCUCAUCGGCAGCAGCGGCGGGCGCGUGGCGGCCGCGUGCACGGUGGCGCUGCUGGAGACGGCGCAGUGCGCCGCGCGCGCGCCGCUCGCCGCCGACGACGUGCUGUGUCUGCUGGACGGGCUGCAGAGCCCGCUCGAGGUGGUGCGCGACGCGGCGCUGCGCGCGCUGCAGUGCGUGUGCGAGCGCGCGGCGCCCUUCCUCGAGGAGCCGGAGCAUGCGCUCAACCUCACCAUGCGCCUCUACGUCGCCACCUUCGACGUGGCCGAGGACAACAAGAAGCUAGCGGCGGAGGUGUGGGCGCAGCUGCCGCGCGCGGAAGAGUGGCUGUGCAGCGACGCGGACGAGAUCCGCGAGCUGCUGCUGCAGCAGGUGCAGCACCCCGCCGACGAGCUGCAGCGCGCCGCCGCCGCCGCACUGGCAGCGCUACUGGCGCGCGCGCACGACCCGCCCGCCGCCGCCGAGCUGGUGCUGCAGCGCCUGCACGACAUCUACACCGACAAACUGCCCAUGAUCCCGGCGGUGCUGGACCAGUUCGGGCACGAGCAGGCGGCGGCGGUGGACGCGUGGGGCGCGCGGCGCGGCGUGGCGCGCGCGCUGCUGGCGCUGGCGCCGCGCCUCAGCGCCGCCGCCGUGCCGCGCGCCAUGGCCUUCUUCGUGCAGCGCGCGCUGGCCGACCGCGCCGACCCCGUGCGCGACGCCAUGCUGGCCGCCGCCAUGGCGCUGGUGGAGCUGCACGGCCAGGAGACGCUGAGCAGCCAGCUGCCCGUGUUCGAGCAGUUCCUGGACACGGCGCCCAAGUCGGGCGGCUACGACGCCGUGCGCCAGUGCGUGGUGCUGCUGGUGGGCUCGCUGGCGCGCCACCUGGCGCCCGACGACGCGCGCGUGCGCCCCAUCGCGCUGCGCCUCAUCGCCGCGCUCUCCACGCCCAGCCAGCAGGUGCAAGAAGCAGUGAGCAACUGUCUGCCACAUCUAGUGACGUCUCCAGCUCUGGAAAAAGAAAUCCCCACCAUCGUCAACAAGCUCCUCAAGCAGCUGCUCACCGCUGAAAAGUACGGCGACAGAAAGGGCGCCGCGUACGGUAUAGCCGGUAUAAUCAAGGGGCUCGGGAUCCUGUCGCUGAAGCAGCUGGAUGUGAUGGGGAAGCUCACGGAGGCCAUACAAGAGAAGAAGAAUUACAAAUAUAGAGAAGGCGCGCUGUUCGGCUUCGAGAUGCUGUGCUGCAAGCUGGGCCGGCUGUUCGAGCCGUACAUCGUGCACGUGCUGCCGCACCUGCUGCUGUGCUUCGGCGACAGCUCGCAGUACGUGCGCGCCGCCGCCGACGACACGGCCAAGCUCAUCAUGAGCCGCCUGUCCGCGCACGGCGUCAAGCUGGUGCUGCCCUCGCUGCUGCAGGCGCUGCAGGACGACAACUGGCGGACCAAGGCGGGUUCCAUCGAGCUGCUGGGCGCCAUGGCGUACUGCGCGCCCAAGCAGCUGUCGUCCUGCCUGCCGUCCAUCGUGCCCAAGCUCAUCGAGGUGCUGAGCGACUCGCACAUGCGCGUGCAGGAGGCCGGCGCGGAGGCGCUCAAGGUCAUCGGCUCCGUCAUACGGAACCCGGAGAUUCAAGCGAUCGUGCCGGUGCUGCUGCAAGCGCUGCAGGACCCGUCCAACAAGACGUCGCUGUGCCUGCAGACGCUGCUCGACACCAAGUUCGUGCACUUCAUCGACGCGCCGUCGCUGGCGCUCAUCAUGCCGGUGGUGGAGCGCGCCUUCCUCGACCGCAGCACGGAGACGCGCAAGAUGGCCGCGCAGAUUAUCGGCAACAUGUACUCGCUCACCGACCAGAAGGACCUCACGCCCUACCUGCCCAGCAUCAUCCCCGGCCUCAAGAGCUCCUUGCUCGACCCCGUGCCCGAGGUGCGGUCGGUGUCGGCGCGCGCGCUGGGCGCCAUGGUGCGCGGCAUGGGCGAGGGCAGCUUCGAGGAGCUGCUGCCGUGGCUGAUGCACACGCUCACCUCCGAGUCCUCGUCCGUGGACCGCUCCGGCGCCGCGCAGGGCCUCUCGGAGGUCGUCGCAGGCCUCGGCUCGCACAAACUGCACAAGAUUAUGCCCGAUAUAAUAGCGACAGCGGAGCGCACGGACAUCGCGCCGCACGUGAAGGACGGCUACAUCAUGAUGUUCAUCUACAUGCCGGGCGCCUUCACGGACGAGUUCCUGCCCUACAUCGGCCAGAUCAUCAACCCCAUCCUCAAGGCGCUGGCCGACGAGAACGAGUACGUGCGCGAGACGGCGCUGAAGGCCGGCCAGCGCAUCGUCAACCUGUACGCCGAGUCCGCCAUCCAGCUGCUGCUGCCGGAGCUGGAGCGCGGCCUGUUCGACGACAACUGGCGCAUCCGGUACAGCUCCGUGCAGCUGCUCGGCGACCUGCUGUACCGCAUCUCGGGCGUGUCGGGCAAGAUGAGCACGGAGACCGCGUCCGAGGACGACAACUUCGGCACGGAGCACUCGCACAAGGCCAUCAUGGGCGCGCUGGGCCCGGAGCGUCGCAACCGCGUGCUGGCCGGCCUGUACAUGGGCCGCAGCGACGUGGCGCUCAUGGUGCGCCAGGCGGCGCUGCACGUCUGGAAGGUGGUGGUGACGAAUACGCCGAAAACUCUUCGCGAGAUUCUGCCGACGCUGUUCAACUUGCUGCUGGGCUGCCUCGCGUCCACCAGCUACGACAAGAGACAGGUGGCGGCCAGGACGCUCGGCGACUUGGUUAGGAAACUCGGCGAGCGCGUGCUGCCGGACAUCGUGCCCAUCCUGGAGCGCGGGCUGCGCUCGGAGCGCGCCGACCAGCGUCAGGGCGUGUGCAUCGGGCUGGGGGAGAUCCUCGCCUCCACCUCGCGCGACGCCGUGCUGAGCUUCGCGGACGGGCUGGUGCCGACGGUGCGCACGGCGCUGUGCGACGAGCUGCCCGAGGUGCGCAUGGCGGCGGCGCGCGCCUUCGACUCGCUGCACGCCACCAUCGGCAACAAGGCGCUGGACGACAUCCUGCCGCCCAUGCUGGACGCGCUGCGCCACCCCGACCCCGCCGUGGCCGACGCCACGCUGGACGGGCUCAAGCAGGUCAUGGCCAUCAAGUCGCGCGCCGUGCUGCCCUACCUGGUGCCGGUGCUGACGGGCGGCGGCGGCGGCGCGGCGGACACGCGCGCGCUGUCGGCGCUGGCGGCGGCGGCCGGCAACGCGCUGGUGCGCCACCUGCCGCGCGUGCUGCCCGCGCUGCUGGCGGCGCUGGUGGCGGCGCGCGGCUCGCCGGCCGAGGUGCGCGAGCUGGAGUACUGCCGCGACGCGCUGCUGCCCGUGCUGGACGACGCCGGCGUCAGAUGUAUAAUCGACACGUUGAUGGAGUGCGUGCGCACGGGCGCGCCGGGCGCCGACGCGGCGGCGGCGGAGCGGCGGCGCGCGGCGGCGGCGCUGCUGUGCGCCUUCGUGACGCACACGCGCGCCGACCUCAUCCCGCACGUGCCGGCGCUGCUGCGCGGCCUGCUGCUGCUGUUCGCCGAGAAAGAGCGCGAGGUGCUGGUGAUGGCGUGGGAGGCGCUGGCGGCGCUGACGCGCACGCUGGAGGCGGAGAAGCAGCUGGGCUACGUGUCGGAGGUGCGCCAGGCGGUGCGCUACGCCGCCGCCGACCUCAAGGGCGAGCCCUUGCCCGGCUUCUGCUUGCCCAAGGGCAUAGCGCCGAUCCUGCCGCUGUUCCGCGAGGCGAUCCUCAACGGGCUGCCGGAGGAGAAGGAGAACGCGGCGCUGAUGCUGGGCGAGGUGAUCAGGCUGACCACGGCGCCCGCCAUCCAGCCCUCCGUGGUGCACAUCACCGGCCCGCUCAUCCGCAUCCUGGGCGACCGGUUCAACUCCAGCGUCAAGGCGGCGGUGCUGGAGACGCUGGCCUUGCUCUUGUCCAAGGUGGGGGUGAUGCUGAAGCAGUUCCUGCCGCAGCUGCAGACCACGUUCGUGAAGGGGCUGAGCGACGCCAACCGGCCCGUGCGCAUCAAGGCGGGGCUGGCGCUGUCGCAGCUCGUGCUCAUCCACACGCGCGCCGACCCGCUGUUCCUUGAGGUGCACAACGGGGUCAAGAACGCCGACGACUUGACUGUCAAGGAAACAAUGCUUCAAGCCUUACGAAGCGUGAUAACGAAUGGCGGCGACAAAAUGUCGGAGCAGCUCGCGCUGACCGUGCUGGCCAUGCUGACGUGUCCGGCGCUGCUGGCGCACCCCGAGGACCCGCCGCGCAGCAUGGCGGGCGGCUGCCUCGGCGCGCUGCUGCACUGCCUCACCACAGCGCACAGGGACGCGGCGUUACUGCACCACGUGCUGGCUGCCGGGAACCCCACCCCGCAGUCGGCGCAAGCGGCGGAAGAUUGGCUCCUGACGCACGGCCGCUCGUGCGCUCUGUUCGUAGCGUUAAAAGAAACCCCCGAUCAGAUAUACCGGGACCAUUUCGAAGAGAAAAUCGAUAAAGCGUUGCUCGGAUAUUUGACGAGCGACAAAAUACCCAUAGUGUGCAAUGGCAUCCGGGGCAUAGGAUACCUGAUAUGCUACUUGCUGGAGAAAGACAGAACCGUCCCGCCGAACAUCCUGUCGCAGUUUGUUAGGAGUAUGAACCACAGCAGCAACGAGGUGAAGCAGCUGAUGGCGCGCGCCAGCACGCUGGUGGGGCGCGGCGGGGCGCUGCGCGCGGAGGGCCGCGGCGCGGACGUGCUGCGCGCGCUGCUGCCGGCGCUCGUCAACGGCACCAAGGAGAAGAACACCUACGUGCGCGCCAACUCGGAGAUCGCGCUGCGCGCCGUGCUGCGGCUGCCGCAGGACGAGACCUUCCACCAGCAAUGCAUGUCCCUGCUGGAAGAGGGCGGGCGGGAGGCGCUGGGCGACGUGGUGACGCGCGUGCUGCGGCGCGGCGUGGCGGACGGCCGCGACGAGGACCUAGACUGCACACUCGUCACUUGAGGACCGUCGACUUAUAAAUAAAUAUAUAAUAUACCUUUAUAGAUAUUACAAA